AUGGUCAGGCCAUCCAUCAGAUGUGAACCUGUGGACCUUAAGCAAAUCUUGAAUAGAGAAAGGUAUCUAGCAUCUGGGUGUUCGUAUAAAGAUCUGCAUUACUCCUACCGAGUUGGUGUCUCAACAAUUAGCAAUAUUGUGAGAGAAGUUACUCGGAGUAUAUGGAAUAAUAUGGGUACUAAAUUUAUGGCAUGCCCUGAUACGCCAGAUAAAUGGGAGGAAAUAGCGAAUGGAUUCUGGAUGAAAACGAAUUUCCCGCAUUGCCUCGGUGCGGUAGACGGGAAACAUAUAAGACUGAGAAAACCCGAUAACACUGGCUCUAUGUACUUCAACUACAAAGAUUACUUCUCUAUUGUUUUAUUAGCAGUCGUAGAUUCAGAAUAUCGUUUUAUAUACGUGAAUAUAGGGUCCUAUGGAAAAGAUUGUGAUUCGUCAAUCUGGAAAGAAUCUACAUUGUGGAAAAAGUUGACACAGGGCGCUUUAAACAUACCAACACCCAGACCUUUAGAACAGACACAAAUAAAUGUACCCUUUGUGUUUAUUGGCGAUGAAGGUUUCGGAUUGCAUGACAAUUUAUUAAGGCCUUUUGGCGGUACACAUUUAGACAAGAAAAAGCGAAUAUUUAAUUACCGACUUACUCGCGCUAGAAGAUAUGUUGAAUGUGCAUUUGGCAUCUUAGCUAAUAGAUGGAGGAUAUUUCAUCGUCCUCUAGAUGUUAAACUAGAAACAGCAAUAUGGAUAGUAAAAGCGUGUACUGUGUUACAUAAUUUUGUCCGAGAAAAAGACGGGUUUAAUUUUGAAAACGCUCAUUUGCCAGAAAUCCACCUUGACAACUUACCAAAAGCACAAAAUAUACGAGGAGGACUAUCUGCCAAUUCCAUAAGAACAACUUUUGCUGACUAUUUUCUAACAGAAGCUGGUUCUGUUUCUUGGCAAGAUGAAGCCAUCGGUCAAAUUUUGCGAAACGCUAUUUCCCUCUACAAGGUGCCCAUUUGGGACAUUGUAUUGGGAGUUAAGUUCAUCAACUUUAAAAAAGAAUGUUGUGAAAUAAACAGGGCUAGCCGGGUGAAGCAGCGCUUCACCUGCGUCAUGGGGCGAGCCGCCACUGGAAUAUACAACUACACCAAUGAAAUAAUUGGGCAUUCUUUAGAGAGUCUAUAA